AUGGUUUCACAAGCUUGUUAUGAUCUGGAGGGAUUCCGGAAGAUUUUGCCAGGGAACUUGUGCAUCUCCUUUUGCCAGGCCGCGGCCAAGACCUUUGUCGUCAUCGUGGACGAGUCCAAGUUGUGUGAUAGUUUGGGGCCUCAUUUCCCGGUGCCUGUGGAGGUGGUGCCCUUUUGCCACGAGCACACCGCCAGGGUGAUCAAGGCGCUGCCAGCGCUGGAAGGCUGUGAGCCCGUCCUCCGCCUGGGUCGCCGGCUCAGCGCAGAGAGACGGACUGCGCGAGCGUAG